AUGAGGAGUAUAAGGUGUGAUUUUGGGUGUGUUUGGAGACUGUACGUCGCCGUGAGGCGAUUUCCGGCGGGCGGCAAACGGUGGGGAUUUGAGAGAGUUAUUAUAGGAGAUUCUAAAGAAAAAAGUCCAGGACUUGAGCUUAAUUUCUAUAGGAACAGUUGUCCAAAUGCAGAACAAGUUGUGAAAGAUGAAGUGAGUAGGUCUAUGCUACUUGAUCCUACUUCAGCUGCAGCCCUCCUAAGACUCGCUUUCCAUGACUGCCAAGUAGAUGGUUGUGAUGGUUCAGUAAUGCUAAGUUAUUCAAAUGGUUCAAUAACUGAAACAGAGUCAGACAUGAACUUUGGAGUACGCAAACUUGACUUAAUCGAUGGAACAAAGAGGUCUUUGGAGAGAAUUUGCCCUCAAACUGUUUCUUGUGCUGAUAUCAUUCAGUUAGCAGCUCGUGAUGGUGUAUAUCUGGCAGGAGGACCCUAUAUAGAGAUUUUGACCGGGCGAAGAGAUGGUAAAUUGUCAAGCAAGGAAAGAGCUGACAAACAGCUUCCAGCUGCAGACAUUUCUGUUGAUAAAUUCAUUAAAAUUUUCCAGCAGAAGAACAUCUCUGUCCAAGAAGGAGUAGCCCUUAUUGGGGCACACACGCUAGGCAUCAGCCAUUGCCGGAACUUUGAGAAGCGAUUGCAGCCUCCAAUAGAUCCUACAUUGUCAACCUCAUUCAAACUUACUUUACUGGUGAUUUGCAGCGAUCCAUUUUUAUCUAAUGUAACUUUUGCAACCAAUGAUGCUACUACUUUUGCAUUUGAUAAUCGUUACUUCACUGAUAUUCUUAAUGGAAGAGGACUACUCAAGAUUGAUUCUGAGAUUUCAAGUGAUCAAAGAACAAAACCUUAUGUCCUUGGAUUUGCAAGCAAUCAGCAGCAGUUUUUUAACAGCUUUACAUCAGGAUUCUUAAAACUCUCGAGCCAUAAAGUUUUGCUAGGGAAAGAAGGAGAAAUUCGCAAGGACUGUAGGUUUGUGAAUAAUUGA